GCGCUUCGCGUUAGAGAACAUCGGCUUCCAAAACCCCUUGGUGCUCCGGCCAUCCAACGAUGACAAGGUAAAUCCAGAACUGAACCCUGGUGUGGAUCUCUACUUGCAGAUCCAGGAGAACACUGGCCGCUGGUCCAUGAGCAGUGUGGAGUCCGGCUCGUCCGACAUCAUCAACACGCAUGCAGAGGGCUCGUUGAGCUUUCUGGGACCAAAGGGCUCCUCCAGUGCUGCCGAGCUUCGGCACCUGCCGCUGGAAGAGAUCCGCUCUCGCUGUCCGGAGGAGGUUGAAGACUCCCGCAUGUAUGUGCCCUUUGCGAACAUCGGCUUGCCUUUGCAGCCGCGCUUCCGAACGGUCCGGAGCAUCAAGCGCUCCCAGGACGAAAUCAUCGCCUGGGUGGCCGCGCAAGAGGAUGGCACCAACGCCGGCUUCAUCUUUGGUCCCGCCGUCAUCGACGGUAGCUUCCAGGCCAGCUGCGCUUUCCAGAAUCUGGAGGCACUGCCCAGCCUCCGAAUUCCGCUGUCCAUCGACCGCGUGCAACUUUGGGGCCAGGGCUUCUCCCCCAAGGUUUGGGUGCACCACAGUCUGCUGGACAACAGCGAAAAGCAGAUGGAGACCAAUGUGCAACUAGCACGAGACGACCUGACGGUGAUCCUAACGAUGGAUCGUAUGCGCCUACGAGAAGUGCGACCGGAGCACAUCGCAAAGAUGCUGGCUGCUUCUGCCGGGGAUGCCGACGAGGACCUGCUUGAAGUCGAGUGGGCUCCUCUCGAAGGCAAGUUGGGGAAGGAAGAAGACAAGGUAGUGCUCGGGAUCGUGGCCGUCAUCAUGUUCCGGCGGGUGGCCCACUUGGCACGGCCUCUCUUCGUGGGAGCAAGCGCCGCUUUGGAGCCGGUGCUGAUGCGGGAGUUCGCGCAAGCAAGCUUCGUGCGUGGUGACAAGGAAUCGUUGGAAGAGAAGCUCCAGCAAGGCGGCAUCACUGCUGUGGUUCACGUGGCCGCCCUGGGAGAAGCCAACGAGAUGGAUGUCUUGCAUUCAGCGCUCGUCUUGGCUCAGAUUGCCGCCCAGCGGGCUGCUGCUAAGUCGGGCGUGCCACCCAUCUGGUGGGUCACACAUGGCACUCAGGAAGGUACCAUCCGCAGCUACAUGCACUCCGGUCUCUGGGGACUUGCACGAACCUUCCGCAUGGAGGAACGUGGAGUUGAGCUUCGAUGCCUGGAUCUGGACGGGUCGCUCGCCACUUGCGAUGAUCUUGUCUCCGACUUGAAGCAUUGGCUGACGGUCUUGAAGGGAACAGAAGCCGAGACGGAGGUGGUGGUUACCAGUGCCGCGAGUGGUGGAUCUGCCAGCGUCUCGCGCCUCUCCCGAAGCAAGGCGAUGCCGAUGAAGGCCACGGAGCUCCUCAUGUCCUCGCGCGGGAGCCUCUCCAACCUCAGGCCUAUCACCCAGGAGUCCCGGCGGGCGCCGGAAGCGACAGAAGCGGAGCGGGCUGGGUUCCGGCUAGGUCGUGGCGACGAUGUCUUUGGCGAGUCGCCCGGGUGCCUGAAAGUCUACAACGCGGGCCCCGGCGCGCUCUUGACCCCGAAGCCAACGAGCUGGUCCUUCGAGGAGGCCUGCUGCAUGCCCGUGAUCUUUGUCACGGUGGAAGAGGCCUUGGGUGACUUGGCCCAGCUGAAGCGAGGGGAGCGCGUGCUCAUCCACGCCGCGGCUGGCGGCGUUGGCCUCGUGGCGAUCCAGUACGCGCAGUUCGUUGGAGCCGAGGUGUAUGCCACUGCUGGGGCUGACGAGAAGCACCAAUUCCUCCGAUCCAUGGGGGUGAAGUACAUCACAAGCAGCAGGAACGGUGCAAAGUUUGAAGAUGACAUGAAGGCUUUCCUGGCGGAAGCCGGCGAUGAUGGAAUUGAUGUGGUGCUUAAUAGUCUCAGCCCCUUGCCCGAAUAUCGAGGCCACGACGACUACAUUCCACGAUCUUUGGCUCUCCUUCGCAAGGGCGGCCGUUUCAUGGAAAUUGGCAAGCGCGGCAUCUGGAGUCACGAGCAGAUGUUCGAGGCGCGGCCAGAUGUUAUGUACGAAAAGAUCGCGGCAGACACCAUGAUGGACAAGGAGCCGUGGCGUUACAACGGUUACAUGAAGCGCCUCAUCAGCCGCGUGGACGAAGGUGGUCUCAAGCCCAUCAACAUGCAUGUCUUUGAUGGCAUGGAGACGGGAGUCAAGGCAAUGCAGUUCCUCCAGCGCGCGCAGAACAUCGGAAAAGUGGUGAUUAGCCAAGCCAGCACUCUGGCACUCAAGCAAGAGUCCCACUAUGUCCUCAGUGGAGGAAUGGGAGCUCUUGGCAUGGUCACGGCGCAGUACCUCCUGGAGGAGGGGGCGAAGUCGAUGACCCUGCUUUCCCGAAGUGGCCGGCCGUCGGCAGACAUUACAGAGCUCUGGAAAGCCCUGCAAGACUCCAGCGUGGAGCUGCAGGCGAGCCCUUGCGACAUCGGAGUCUUGGAUGCCGUGCAGUCCUUGGCCCAGAAGCUCCGGGAGGAGAAGAAGCAAACCGCUGGCCUCAUCCACUUGGCGGCCGUCCUGGAUGAUGCCACGCUUCCCAAGCUAACCCGAGGCCACCUGGAAAGAUCCUACGGGGCCAAAGUCUGGGGAGCCCGGCAUCUCCGCUUUUGCCUUCAGAGCCGCCCCUGGGACUUCGCUCUGCUCUUCUCCUCGACCUCCGCUCUCCUGGGCUCGCCAGGUCAAGGCAACUAUUCGGCGGCCAACGCAGCUUUGGAUGGCCAUGCACGCUACUGGAAGAAGUCCUUGCAGGAGCCCGUCGUUUCCGUGCAAUGGGGGCCCUGGAAAGAAGUGGGUAUGGCAGCUCAGAAGGGCACGGUUGAACGUCUUCGUGCAUCCGGUGUGGGAAGCCUCACUAAUGCCUUUGGCAUGGCCGCUCUUGCCGGCUGCUUGCAAUCGCUGCCUUCAACAACGAUCGUGGCGCAACCCAUGCGCUGGGCAGUGUACCUCAAGCAGUAUCCGAAAGUCCCGCCCUUCCUGUCCCGCUUUGCCAGCGAGGUGAAGACGGCGAAGCCGAAGAAGGCCGCGGCUCCUGCCUUUGGGGGCAUGCGGGCGGCCAUCCCAGCCGCAGUGCCGCAGGUGGACAAGGUGUCUCUGAGGCAGAUGCUUCAGAGCAUUGCUUCGGAAGUGGCCGGUGGCGGAGUGGUGGAUCAGGAUGCUCCCCUCAUGGACUCCGGAAUGGACUCGCUCUCAGCUGUGGAGUUCCGGAAUCGGUUCACGAGCAAGAUGCCAGGAGUCAACCUGCCGAACACGCUGAUUUUCGAUUAUCCCACCAUCUCCUCCAUUGCCGACUUCACAGCCAGCCAGAUGGGACCAGCGCCAG